AGAGGGCUGCUGGGAGCUGUAGUAGGCGGCGGAAAGAAGAUGGCGUCCAAGAUCCGUGUGGUGCUGCGGCCCGUGAAGAGUAUCGCGGUCCGCUUCUGCCCCUUCGAGUCCAACGUGGAGAGCACAAGAAAAUUUCUUGGAUGUAUAAACCAUAAAAAAAUCCAGGCCACUAAUAGAAACUGUGAAGUGACUGCUGAUGUGAGACAUGAUGGGUCUGAACCACUUAUAGAUGUUAUGUUUGCUGAUGGAGAGCGAUUGAUAAUGAAGGGAGCCAACUUGACGACAAUAGAAAUGUUAACAGCAUUGGGGUCCAGAUGUAAUGCAAAAGAGCUUAUGGAAGAACAGAAAAGCAAGAAGAAGAGUCCCUGAAGAACAGAAAAAACAACUGCGUUUGCAUUUACAUGGGUUAAAAACAGCAGGCUUCACAGAAGGCUUUUCUCCUGUAGAAAUCUGAAAGAGAGAGAUGGCCAAAACACUGACCAGUUUAACAUGCAGCAGAACGAACCAUUUAAAUGUCCCCCAUCCUCACCUGAAGGAAAACAUAGUGGAUCGACAAAUCUUCUAACACUAGUGGGUCAGAGUGGCUUAAGAUGCAUGAAUGCAUCUUUCUAAGCAGCUGCCUCUCAGUCGACAGCAUGUCAGACUAAUAUCACAUGUAUUUGCAUAUAAAUGUGAAUAAUGCACAUUAGCUAUUAAAUUAAUAUUACAAUGAA